CACUGAGCUAAAAUUCAUUCACUCAGCAUAGCAUAGUCUAGGAAGAAGAAAAGAUGAGAGCUUUCUUGUUAUUAUUUCUUUUGUGCCUUCCAUGCAGUUGGUCAUUUUCUAAUGUUGUCAUUAGUGGGCAACAACAGCAAGGGGAAGAGUAUGGAAGGCAGCUGCAGCAGCAACAGACAUGCAGAGUGAGGCAUUUAAGAGCUCAGCAGCCAUCUGAAAUGAUCAGAUCAGAGGCUGGUACUCUCGAGCUCUCCACCAGACAAGACAAUGAACAAUUGGACUGUGCUGGUGUUGAGUUCAUUAGGGAGACAAUUGAAAGCGAUGGUCUCUCCAUGCCCAGAUUCUAUAAUACCCCUGGACUGUUUUAUGUAGUAGAGGGUGAGGGUAGGCUGGGGGUGGUUUUCCCCGGGUGUCCUGAGACUUUCAGGCGGCCUCCUUUUGGAGCAGGACAAGAUGAAUGCCAACGAAGGAGGAGAGGAUCAGGACAGGAAGGAGAAGGAGAGGAAGAAGAAAGGGGAAGUGAAGAAGAGAGGAGCAGGCGUGAGCAGGAAUGUGCCCGGGACGAAAGCUCUCAGAAGGUGAGGCGAGUGAGGAGAGGAGAUGUGGUAGCCAUUUUUGCAGGAGCAUCAUUUUGGUGGUACAAUGAUGGUGACAGACCCCUUCGACUUGUAGCCAUUGCUGAUACAUCCAACUAUCAAAACCAGCUUGACAAGCGCUAUCGUCCCUUCUAUUUGGCUGGAUCACCUGCAAUACGGGAGAGAAGAGAGAGACUAGGAGAGGGAAAGAAAUUGGGAGGUAAUAUGCUUGCAGGGUUUGAUCAAAACACGUUGGCAGAAGCAUGGGGAGUGGAACGAGAAACAGUGAGGAGGAUUCAAGAGAAUAACCAGGGACGAGGCCUAAUCGUCAGGGUGAAUGAACCGCGUCGGCAACGAAGAGAUCCUGCGACUCCUCCGAUUUCCUUCUGGGAAUCCAAUCUAUUCUUCCACGAAGAAGAAGAAAGAGAGGGAUUCAAUCCCGGUGGAUUUCAACAGUUGUUCUGCAACAUGCGUCUGCGCCACAAUGCUGACAACCAAGAUGAUGCAGAAAUCUUCAUUAGAGAUGGAGGGAGGCUGAACACAGUGAACCGUUUUAAGCUCAAUGCUCUCACACACUUAAACUUGGCUGCAGAGAGAGGCGUUCUUCACCCGGGAGCAAUGUUUGCACCGUCAUGGCUUGCAUGCCAUGCAAUAAUGUACGUGACAAGAGGAGAUGCUCGUGUUCAGGUGGUGGACAACAGAGGAAGAAGAGUGUUCGAUGCAACCGUAAGAGAAGGUGAAUUCAUGGUCAUUCCUCAGUUUUAUGCAGUUGUGAAGAGAGCAGGUGACCAAGGCUUCGACUGGAUUACCUUCACAACAAGUCACAGUCCAAUUCGAUCGAGCUUUGUUGGAAAAGACUCUGUGCUCAAGGCAAUGCCUCAAGAAGUUGUAAUGACGGCAUAUAACAUCAGCUGUGGGGAAGCUCAGGAUUUAAGGUGGAAUAGAGAACAUGAGUUCUUAAUUCUGCCUCCACGACGGCAACAACAUGGUGGAGGCAGAUCAGCUUAAUGGAGGCAAAGGCUCAAACAUGGGUUUUAAGAUCUUCUCUGCUGUCCUAGACUAUGUAAGGAGAUGGGGCCAUCCGGUCCUCAUUCCUCUAAGUGAAUAAGUAUAAAUUUAGUAAUAAAAAAUGUUUUUGUGCAGUGUUCCCUGAACAACUAUAAACAAUCUGUAGACAUCCCAUGGUUUGAGUAAGCAUGAGAGUUAAUUGCAUUGA